GUGUGUGAGAGUGUAUCUGGUAUUCCUUAUGUUGUUUACACACAUUAUGGGGACUUGUCUUCCUUAUGCCCCCAAGUCCCCAUACACUUUUUAAGUUGAAGACAUGUUUUAGGGUCAAGGUUAGAGUUAGGUAAAGGUUAGGGUAAGUCUUCAGGAAAUGAAUGUCUGUCAAUUCAAUGUGCUGUCAAUGUGUGUGAGUGAGUGAGUGAGAGAGAGAGAGAGAAAGAGAGAGAGAGAGAGAGAGAGAGAGAGACUUGUGAAACUUGUGCCGCGGUGUAACUGUGUCAAUCGUCAGUGAGAGAGCAGAGAGAGAGGAUCAUGCAGCGGAUAAGCUUUUCACCUCCUCCUCCUCCUCCUCAUCAUCAUCACACGAAUCCCGCCAUGCCCAGCUGAGGAACGAUGCCAUCCAACAACAGCACGGUGCCAGACCCAGCUCAGGACUACACCUGUGUGCGCUUCUACGUCUCCACCGCGUCCUUCUCGCUGCUCCUCUUCUUCAACCUCAUCAUCAACUGGACCAUCGUUCGCGAGGAGCGUCUGCGGACUCGUGUGCGCUACGUGCUGAUCUUCCACCUGCUGGUGUCCGCGCUCGUCUACCUGGGCAUGAGCAGCGUCUUCUACUACCAGAUCCACCUGCACGCGCGGCCGGGACGCGGCGCGUGUCUGCUCAUGGUCACCGUGUUGAUCACCAGCGCCUCCAACGCUCUGCUGACGCUCACGGUCAUGGCUCUGGACCGUUACUGCGCCGUGUGCCACCCGAUGCGCUACAGUGUCACCUGCACGGCGGGGCACUGGCCGUGGCUGCUGGGGCUGUUCACGUGGCUGCUGGCCCUGGUCAUCCCUCUCAGCCUGCUCCUCCACUUCCGCGGGGAGGACGGCUUCCCCCAGUAUGGCGAGGAGUGUGGCCCGGAGCAGCUGAGGGUGGGCAGGCUGCACAAGGUGGUGUUCAUCGGUUUGUGCACGGUGCUGAUUCUCUACACCUAUGUGCGGAUACUUAUUGAGGGACGGAGGAUAGGAGUGCUCAACCGGCGCAAUCGCGCCGGGUGCAGGACCAUCGCCCUGCACGGCUCUCAGCUGGCUGUUUACAUCCUCCCCAACUUUGUCAACUUCAUCCUGUCAUCGCUCAACAAGCACGGGCUGAUCCACACGCCCACCAAAGAGCUGUCAGCAGUAGUAAUCUUUGCCUUCUUCAGCCUGGCGCAGUGCGUCGCGCCAAUUGUUUACGGUUUGCGCAAAGAGGAACUCAUGGAUCAGUUGAGUCACAGGUUCCCCUGCUGCUCCCGGUACUUGAAGAGUGUCCUGGGCUGGACUUUGAGAGCCAGCUGGCCGCAGCACCCACAACACAGAACACGGGAGAGAACACUGACCGCUCUGACCAUCCUCUCCCAGGACGUCCCACAAGUCCCUGUGGAGGAUGAGGAAACAAGGCCAGUGUCUGACUCGUGUUUCGCACAUGACUCACACUCAUGUCAAGGAGAUACAGACAAUGCCUGAUGGGGGGGGGGCGGGGAAAGUGUCUCAAUACGAGGAUCCCUAGAGGCACUGGAACGUCUGGCGUUCUGAGCCUAAGAGGAACAAAAGAGGAAGCUCCUUGGACUUCAUGAGUGCAGUCAGUCAGGGGAGGAUGUAAAACAGCAGUGUUUUUGUUUUGCUCCAUUGUGACCUUUGGCCAAGUCAUGAACAAACACGCAGACUCUCAGACCAACUGCAGAGCACAGCGUUGCUUUCAGGAGAAGUGGUUAGUUCUCUAAAAUGUGACUUUUCCUGGCAGGUCCAGGGAUAUGAACCUCAAGACUUCAGGUCAGAGGUCAUUCAUUUCAGACCUCUGGGUUAGGAGCAGUGCUGCAUUGUUUCACUGUGAUGGAGAACGGUUGUGUUUCUCAUGUGUUCAUAACCUUGUGGAUAUUAAAAGCUGUUUAGUCGGAUGGACUUGAUCCACUUGAAUCUUUGAACAGCGCCCUGUGAUUUCCAUGGAGGUCACAUUGAAGGUUUUGAGUCAACACUAACAAAAUCUGCAUAUGAAGUCAUAACCACACUGGCUUUAGAAAUAGUUGCUCUUUUGUCCAUAGUAGAUAAGGACAGCUGAACCACAAAAGUGUUUUUUUGAGGCUCAGGAAAAAAGAAGAAAAAGGGCUUUUUAAUCCGAUUAGAUCAUUUUAUAGGCAUACAAACUUUUUUUUAAAUCUGAUGUGAUCCGAUCUAAUUAACAGAGAACAGUGACUAAAAAGGCCUAAAUCUGACACAAAUAGUGAUUGAUAAUAAUCUGAUUAACACAGCGCUUUCUCCCCUGCACAUUACAGCACCUUAACUGAUCUGAUUUUAAUAAUAAUUUGCACUUGUAUUGGAAAUAGCAAGCCUAAUCAAACAUUAAGACAUGAUUCAAAUCAAAUUCACAUUAGAUCUCAAAACAUGUUGCAGUUUCUAUUUCUAUUUCAGUUAAUAUCUGAUUGUGGUGUAUUUGACAUUUCCUGUUUGCCUAGUAUUCUGAUAAGUUCACUACAUCCUGGCUUCAAGCUAACACUUACUUAUGGCGCAUUUCCACCGGCUCUACUCGCCUCGGCACGGUUUAAGUAGCGUUUCCACGAGCCUAGUACCUGGGCGUGCUUAAGCAGGUACGAUGCGAUGAUUGGUCAGACUGCCGGCCGCUGACUGGCCAGAGUCCCGUCACAGGAAGAGACGUCCCACACAGGAAUCAAGCCGAACAGCGCCGAACUGUAGAUCACUUAAAACUACUUAACAAAUCCUAAAAACGUGGGUUAACCUCCAACAACUACAUAAGUGUGGUGUAAAGUCGUGUGUGUGUCUUUACCGCAGUUUCACUCAGCCGUGCAUUGAUGACUCCGCCCACGUUAAGUAGGUACUUUUUCGUAGUGAAGAUGCAACCUAAUCGUGCCGUGUCGAGGCGAGUAGAGCCGGUGGAAAUGCGCCAUUAGACUUGUUAGAUUUGUCAAAGUGUUUAGAGCUGCAACGAGAAAUUAUUUUACGGAUUAGUGACAAGACACUGACUUUAAUUGACCAAAAAACUAUUUCAUUAUGCUUCAGUUUGUCCAGCUCACUGUGUCAAACCAUAAACACAAAGAUAUUCAAUUGACAAUGAUCCACAAUUAAAAAGCUGAAUCAAAGACUGAGACUGGUACGACUCUUACACUAGCAGUGCUGGUUUAACUGUUAGCAAGCGUUGACAAAUAGAGAUCGAUGGUCCUUAACCUUCAAAUUCAACAUCAAACUGAAUUCAAUGGUCUUUAAUAAAGUCUAAAGUCAAAGAAAAUUUGGCAAAACACAUGAAAUUGUCUUCAUUUAACUUGCUAACGUUAGUCUGAUUAACUUCCUUUAUUUCAGGAAAGGACUGAAAAUGCAAACUUCCAUCAAAGCAGCUCAUCAUGCUUCCUCACCUUCAGUAUUUACUAAAGUUAUAUCAUCAGUGGAAAGUGUCUACAGGAAAGCAGAGAAACCCAUUUUGUUCAACGUGCUGAACUCUCAAUCAGACGGGGCUCUCGAUUGCAGGGGGAAUUCACAACACUUUAACCACACGUCUCACGAAGCGGUCACGCACACACACACAGAGAGAGAGAGAGAGAUCAUCACCAUCGCCUCUCACUCACUCAGGCAACACUUGAAGUCUGUGUAAGAGCAGGAGGAAGGAGUUCCUGUUAUUAAUUUCACAGCAGCACUGAUGGCACAUCAGCGAUGUGGUGACAAAGCCCUGACUGGCAUUCCAGUAAACUCUCGGCUGCAGAAGUGAAAGCAACAUGUAAAUUAUUCUACAGAAAAAAGGAAGCAAGUUGAGCAAGAAGGGGCAGUCUUUUUUUCUUUUCUUUACAGGGUUUAAUCU